AUGAUCGCCGUUCACCCACUUUCCCCCCUUCCAGUCAUUCUAGCUCUCCGUGUCUGGGCGGUCUGGAAGAAGAGUAUUCUCGUUGGCGUAGGACUUGGAGUAUACUUCCUCGCCUGUUGGGUGCCUUGCUAUGUCUUCUUAGGCCAAUUCCUGAGCGCCAUGGAAUUCGCGAUUCUCCCAUACCCACAAUUUCGUGGAUGCUUUAUCUCCGGUGGAAGUCAUGUUAUAUAUCUCUGUUGGGUGUUAUUGAUGAUUUAUGACAUCGGUACGCUCGUAAUGAUUCUUGUCCCUGGAUUUAAAGCAUAUCGGAGAGGCGGAAGAUCGGAGCUGGUCAAAACGGUAUAUCGAGAUGGUGUUGUUUACUAUGGUUUGAUUUUCUCGGUUUCGAUGCUUAACGUGAUCGUCGCACUCACUCUUCCGCCGGACCUCGUCCAUCUCUUAUCAUCAUUCGAACGCGUACUACACUCCAUCCUAACCAGCCGCGCAGUCCUUCACAUCCGCCAAAUAGGGUUACAACAAUCCCAUCCAACCGAAUCGAUAUCACAUGAAUUGAGUACAGAUUUCUCUCUUUCAACUUCAAGUUCGUUUUCGGAUAGAUUUGUGAGGACAUGGAAGACGUAA